CUCUCCGUCUCGCCCGUCCACUCGUCCCCCCACGCGCGCGCGCGCGCAUCGAGCCCUCUUGCUUCGCGCCCACGUCUGCCGCUCAGUGCAGCCCACCGCUCGAAGAGAGAAAGAGAGAGACACCGCUUUCCCCUUCGUGCGCGCUCCAUACCCUCAGCAGUGCUCUCUCCCCGGGCGCAAGCCAGCUAGCUCUGCGCGCUAGCACCUUGCCCGCAAGUCAAGUGCGCCCAGCAUGUCCGCGGUGUACUCGAUCUACACGUCUCCCAACCAUGCGCCGAUUCCCAAUCACCUGCCGACGCUAAUCGUGACGCCUCAUGGUCAACCACACCACACGCUCUACUCCUACAUCCACACGUCAUUCAACAAGGAGACGUACCUCCUGACGCCAUCUCCGCAGGGCGACCUGUGCGUCGCCAAGAUGGUGCCUCCUCCCGGCUCUCGCGGUCCGGGAGGACCUGGCACCUCUGAUCCCGGGCACGCCGCCGACCCUACGCGCGACCGCUCGGUGCGCUGCGAGGCGUCGCGCAACCUCAAGUGGAGCAUCACCAACACGGGCAUCCACGCGCCCGUGUACAAGCUCACGCUGCCGAACCCGGAUGCGCCGGGCAACGAGCAGCCGCUGUUCCAGAUCAGCAAGCCAAAUCCAAACGCCACGUGGUGGACGCUCUUCUACUUUACGUACGCCGGCCAUCUCAUCCCGCCCAAGCGCAUCGAGUUUGGCAAGAUCCAGAAGAACGCCGCCAGCGGCAGCGGUGGAGGCGGCGGCGGCACGCGCGUCAGCAUUACGGGCAAGACGGCGGAGGAGAAGGCCGUGUGGCAGACGUUGGGCGAGGGCAACGAGGACAUGGUCGAGUGGAUCGUGCUCUGUGCCGCGCUCAACGUGCUCGACGAGGAGAUCAUCAAGGCGGCAGAGCGCAGCGGCCUCGCCGUGCCGUCAAGUCGUCCCGGACCGGCUCAUACGCCCGUGCAGCGCCCUGGUCCGGCACCUGCGCCGUUCCAACCGCAGCCGCCUCGUACGAAUAGUGGGCCUCGACCGGGCCAGCCGGAUCCGCGCGCGUAUCCGCAGCAACAGGCGCACCAGCAACAGCAGCAGCAAUACCGUGGUCCGCCGCCGCAGCAGCAGCAAGGAGGCUUCCCGCAGCCUGGUCGCGGACCGCCGCCGCCUCCGCAGCAGGCCAGCUCGUACGGCGGCUCUGCACCGCCUCCGCGCGGGCCGCCGGGAGGAGGCGGCUCGUACGGUCCACCGCAAGGCCAGCGUGGCCCGCCGCCGCCGCAACACAUGCAGCAGCGCGGACCGCCGCCGCCGCCGCCGCAUCAUGCGCAGGGAGCGGCGGUGUCGAAUGGAAGGCGUUUUUAG